AUGGCCGUCGGCAGGAUCGCCGAGUAUCGUCUGGGCACAAACGCGUCAUGGGACGAAUACGUCGAGCGGCUCGAAAUGUUCUGCGAAGCUAACGAGAUAGCGAAAGAAGAACAGAAAAGAGCCGUCCUGCUGAGUUGUUGCGGCGAAGAAGCGUACGGGCUCAUUGUGACUCUGGUGAAGCCGUCAAGACCGACAGCAGCAACCUACGAGGAAAUUAAGACGGCGGUUCGCAAGCACCUGCAUCCAAGGCCUUCAGAGCUAUACGCAAGGUUUUUGUUCUACAAGAGAAACCAUGCUGCCGAUGAAUCGGUUGCGGACUACAUCACGGCGCUUCGGAAGCUAGCCGAAGACUGCGGUUUUGGCGACGAGCAGCUCCCGUUGGACAUCAUGAUGCGAGAUCGUUUCGUAUCCGGCCUCCAGAACGAAGCAGUUCAACAGCGACUUGUCGCAGAACACGACCUUACGUUAAACGUUGGGUACGACAUGGCCGCGACCGCAGAAGCGACAGCCAAGCAACAGCGAGACAUACGGAUGCAAGGCCGAGACGAGGCGAAGGGCUGCCAGGGCAUGAUACAAGCAACUCGCACAAAGCAAGACGCCACGGCAGAGGGAUCUAGUUGCUACCGUUGCAACGGUCCAAGGUGGAAGGUGGCCAGGGUUGUGGCAGUCCGAGGCCCGGUGUCGUACAUCGUCCAGCUGGACAACGGCGAGCGUCAUCACAGGCACCGGAACCAGUUGAGGCGCGCCUGGACGAGGCUCGAAGUCGAUCCAGUCACAAGUGCAGACUACCACGUCAGGCUGCCUCCUACAGCCAGACGACCACAGCAGCUGCCGGUCAGCACGGAAGCAGCCGCAGGGGCAAGUCCGGGCCAAGCUACCCAAGACCCGGUCGAGCCGCGAACAUCAACACGCGUUAGACGGCCUAUCGCACGUUAUGGCAUUGAUGACUAA